AUGAGCUUCUGCAUGGACGUGUACCUGCUCCUGCAGGAGUGGCGGUUCUGGGCGGCUCUCUGCAGGAGAUCACCUGUAAAAACUCGAAGAGACGCUUUGGGAAAUGCUCUCAACACAGAGGAGCUCAGUGCCCCAUCGCAGCGCUGGUCCAUGCAGGUGCCCGCGGAGGUGAGCGCGGAGGUUGGCGACGUGGCGGUGCUGCCCUGCACCUUCACGCACCCUCACCGCCACUACGACGGGCCGCUGACGGCCAUCUGGCGCGCGGGCGAGCCGUACGCCGGCCCUCAAGUGUUCCGCUGCACCGCGGCGCCGGGCAGCGAGCUGUGCCAGACGGCGCUGAGCCUGCACGGCCGCUUCCGCCUGCUGGGCAACCCGCGCCGCAACGACUUGUCCCUGCGCGUCGAGCGCCUCGCCCUGGCGGACAGCAGACGCUACUUCUGCCGUGUGGAGUUCACCGGCGACGCCCACGAUCGCUAUGAGAGUCGCCAUGGGGUCCGGCUGCACGUGACUGCUGCGCCGCGGAUCGUCAACAUCUCAGUGCUGCCCGGCCCCUCGCAUGCCUUCCGCGCGCUCUGCACGGCCGAGGGGGAGCCGCCGCCUGCCCUAGCCUGGUCGGGCCCCGCCCUGGGCAACAGCUCGGCUGCCAUGCAUGACCAAGGUCGCGGCUACCAGGUGACCGCCGAGUUGCCCGCGCUGACCCGCGAUGGCCGCUACACGUGCACGGCAGCCAAUAGCCUUGGUCGCGCCGAGGCCAGCGUCUACCUGUUCCGUUUCCACGGCACCCCGGCAGCCUCGACCCUGGCGCUCCUGCUGGGCGCGCUGGGCCUCAAGGCGUUGCUGCUGCUUGGCCUUCUGGGUGCUCGUGCCACACGCCGCCGAGGAGAUCACCUGGCUGCCCAGGACACCCCUCCACGGUCUCAGGCUCAGGAGUCCAAUUAUGAAAAUUUGAGCCAGCUGAAUCCCCCAGGCUACCAGCUACCACGAGUUUGCUGUGAGGAACUCCUUAACCACCAUCAUCCAGUCAUUCACCAUGAAAAAUAAAGGACAGUACCACCAGGCUAGACCUGUACAGCUCAUAAUUCCUUGGCAGCUGUGGGCCAGGCAACAUCCAAGGGGACCAGGAUACCUGCCCACGGUACUC